AUGGCGACAGCGAGGUGUAUUCGAUCAUUGGCAAGUCGCCCAACUUUACAGCUUCGAGUCAAGCCUCAGAUCCCAAUAUCAGCAAUCCAGCACCGGAAUGCUUCCUCGAAACAUCCCAAGAGCUUCGAAGCACCAUCCUCUGCAGACUUAGAUGAAAUUCGAGAACGUGUCCAGGAGUUCACAAGACGAGAAAUUCCAGAAGACGUCGCUGCCAAAACAGAUAAAAGCAAUGCCUUCCCAAACGAGAUGUGGCAGAAGCUCGGAGAUGCGGGGUUCCUGGGAAUAACUGCGGAUGAGGAUGUUGGUGGACUAUCCAUGGGAUACCAAGCACAUUGCGUUGUUAUGGAAGAAAUAUCAAGAGCUUCAGGGUCAAUUGGCUUGAGUUAUGCAGCACAUUCCCAACUCUGUGUAAAUCAGCUCCAAUUGAAUGGAAAUCCGGAGCAGAAGAAGAAGUUCCUACCCGGCUUGAUCGCUGGAACUAGUGUAGGUGCUUUGGCAAUGUCUGAGAGUGGAGCAGGAAGCGAUGUCGUGAGCAUGCGGACAACAGCGAAGGCUGUUGAUGGCGGAUACGUUCUUAACGGAACUAAGAUGUGGAUCACCAACGGACCUGACGCAGACGUUAUUGUGGUAUACGCGAAAACGGAGCCAGACAAGGCCUCCAAGGGCAUCACGGCUUUCAUUGUCCAGAAAGACUUCGAGGGCUUCAGCUGUGCUCGGAAGUUAGACAAAAUGGGUAUGCGUGGAAGCAAUACCGGAGAACUUGUGUUUGAAAACGUCUUCGUACCAAAGGAGAAUGUACUCGGCGAGGUCAAUCGUGGAGUCAAAGUCCUGAUGGAGGGUUUGGAUUUAGAACGCCUGGUUCUUAGUGCUGGGCCACUGGGCAUCAUGCAGGCAGCUAUGGACGUUACUCUUCCUUUCACGCAUCAGAGGAAACAGUUCGGUACUCCAAUUGCCCAUAAUCAACUUGUACAAGGAAAGCUUUCGGACAUGUAUACCAAGCUCCAAGCUUCUCGAGCUUAUACCUACGAUACUGCCAGGAAGGUUGAUGAGGUUGGUCAGAUCAGAACUCAGGAUUGUGCAGGUGCUAUUAUGUACGCUGCAGAGAGAGCGACUGAGUGCACACUUGACUGUAUUCAGUUGCUAGGCGGCAUGGGAUAUGUUGAAGAGAUGCCCGCUUCGAGAUUAUUGAGAGAUGCCAAAUUGUAUGAGAUAGGUGCAGGAACGACUGAGAUUAGAAAGAUGGUGAUUGGAAGGGCGUUCAACAAAGAGUACAGUAGUUUUGCACAGUAG